CUACUUUCUUUUCAUUUUUCUCUUUCUCUCUCUUAAGAUUUGUUCAAUAGGAGUCCGUUUCACAAUAAAAAGUAAUAACAGCAGAUUCCCAAUCAUCCUCUCCACUCUAUAGGAAACAGCCAUAAUUGCACCCAACAGUAACUUUCACCAUAAAAAAGUUAGAAGCCUCUAAGCUACACCCACUUCCUUGAUUGCUUCAUCCCUUUUCAACUUAAUCUUCCAAUUAUAUAAAUCCAUCAAUCUCCAUCAACUUCCCUUCAACCACACUCCCUUUUUUUUCUUCUCUUCCAACCUUUUCAUGAUGAGUUCUUCAUGCACAAACUCUUCUGUCAAUGGCUUCUACAACUUCCUCACUCAAGGACUCAAUGAGCUUCACCAAUCCUUCCUCUCCCAUGCCUUCAUGUCAAUCCAAUUCCUUUCAGAGGUCCUCUCAUCCCUCCAAUCCUUUCAUUCUCAGUUAACCAUUUUGGUCCAAAGACUUUGCUUGCCAGUUGGAGGGAAAUGGUUGGAUGAGUACAUGGAUGAAAGCUCAAGGCUUUGGGAUAUAUGUCAUGUACUCAAAUCAGCCAUAUCUGGAAUAGAGAACUAUUCCUCAACUGGCUCCAAUAUAGCUUCCUCACUUGAUGGCUACCUUCAUUUGACUCCACAGCUUUCACAUCAGGCUAUUAGAGCUAUAAAUAUUUGUCAAAGGGAGAGUCUAGGAAUGGUGGAGGAAAACAAAGGCUUGAUGGGAACAAGAAUUCAGGCAUUGUCUCAAUGUCUAAAUCAGAACAUGUGUAUGGAGUCAAAGUUAAACGAGUUCAAUGGCUUCCGAGGUGUUCUUUGUGCAAUGAGGAGUGUUAGUUCAUUGCUUCUGAUGAUUUUGCUAUGUGGGGUGGCAUAUUGUUGGUCUUCCUCUUGCUUUGACCAACAAGGCUAUGAAGGGCACAUGGUUUUUGGAUCAAGUUUUGCGGUUUCUAUUGCGAGAUUGCAGCAGAAAGUUGCACAGGAGAUUGAUCAGAAUAAUGGGCAGCCAGGGAUUCUGCUACUUGAAUUCCAACAAGCAAAGAUUGCCAUGGAGGAAUUGAAGGAGGAGUUGGAGAGAAUGGUUGGUUAUGAUGCACAAUAUGAGAUCCAAGCAAAAGUUGACAACUUGAAACAUUGUUUUGGGUUAUUGAGAUGUGGGGUUGAGACUAUAACAGGGCAACUUGAUGAUUUCUUUGAUGAGAUUGUGGAAGGAAGGAAGAAGCUUUUGGAUAUGUGUAGUCAUAAGUAGAUGUAUAUAAUUUGGUUUAGUGAAGCCAUAGCAAAGGGGAAAAAAUACUUGAGAGCAAAAUGAAGCUCUCUAAGGAAAAAUAAGGAAAAAAAUGAUAAAAUUAUGUUGAAAAAUGGAAGCAAUGUCAUAAUUUUUUUUCUGAUCUACCUAUUUUGUUUUAAUUUGCUGAGUUGAUAAUUAAUUGGUUUACAAGCUGGCUUUGGUGCUGAGGCCUUGAUGAAGCUUUUACAAUGAAAACCCAAGAAAAGAAAAAAAUUUGCAAAAGAAGAGAAUGUGAUUCUUGCUUUGAAGUAAAGCAACAUUACUCAUGUCAUACAUGAGAAACCAGAAUUUUAA